AUGGUCACUUUCCAGCUGCUAGGGCUCUAUCAGAACGAAGCAGCUGUUACCCAUUCCUCGACAGCUUACAAUGAACUUAUGCAAGAAUCCCCUAAAGUUUCAAGUAUCCUCGGUAAAAUGUUCUGCAAGAUUGCCAAUGUUGCCUUCUCUGAGAACCAAGAGUUGAUGACUGAAUACUCAAUUCCAUCUAUUGGUCAUCCUGAUUUUGACAUACCAAUUAGAGAAGACAAUUGUGUGCCAAACCUGACAUUUACUUCUGGAGGGUUCUUCAAUCCACUGCACCGCGACACUAAAGAUUUGUCAGAUUUUGCUUUUGGGCUAUUUGUACCUGUCAAUAAACAUGACUGGUCAAUUGCGACCAACAAGCCUCACUUCAAUUUAGCCGGUGGUGCUUUUGUAUUCCCAGAUUAUAGGUGUGGGAUUGACUUUUUGAAGCAUGAUGGGUUUGUCAAAGUUGUAUGGAGAGCUUGA